CUAAUAUGCUUUUUCAUUUUUUUUCUUUUUUCCUGUCAUCAGGCUAUUGACUUCCUUGGUUAUGCCAGGACUUAUCAUAAUCAUAAUUUUGUGCCUCCUCAUUGUCACCCUUAUAUAUGGUCUGCGCUUGUGGAUUCAGCAUAAGAAAAAACAAAACGUGCAAUUAAACAAAGAUGGAAAGAAGAAAACGGUGGUGGCAUUUUUCCACCCAUACUGCAAUGCAGGAGGUGGAGGGGAGAGAGUACUUUGGUGUGCGCUGAGAGCCUUGCUGAAAAGGUAGGAAUUUGGCCAAAUCUUAGUUUUGUUACUGUAAGCAACAUUACUACUACAGCGCUUUCUGGUAGUUUCUGCCCAUGCUCAGAGUUUAUCAUUAAUGUUCAAGUUGGACGGUUUUGAACUUAAAAUGUGAAAGUGAUCUUCUGCGUUAUCUAAGAUAAUGAGCAAUGGGUUCAAGGAAGAGCCACACACAGAUUUUGUCAAACUGCUCCAAAAUGAGUCGACAGACUACCAGUGGACCAAGUCCAUUGACUUGUAACCUCAUAUCCACUACUUUGAACGAUAGUGUUUAUGGUGCUCAGAAUGCACUUUUAAUUUGGAGUGUUUAAAAUCUGUGGAAAAUGUAUUUUAAAAACAAUAAGUAACUAAUUUUAAAUCACUCUUAAGUAGGGCUGAACAAAUGUUAGUCUUUAGAAUUGCAAAGUAUCGUGGAAGUUACAGUUAUACAGGGAUCUAUGGUUAUAGCCCACCUCUGCUCUAAAGUGAUAUUUGUGUAGUAUAUUAUAUGGAACUUUGGGCCCUGUUGUGAGUGUAAAAUCUAGCAGGUGGUGGGGAGAUAAAGAAGGGAAGGUCGUAUCAUGGAAGAUGAGGCUGGAUUGUGAGAGACAAGGCAUGGUAGUGAGCCAUGAAUAAUGUGGGGGUAUUUUGAGAAACUUGUUAAGAAAGUGAGUAGGCAUUUCUGAGAGGAUGAGAUUGGAUUGUGCACCAUAGGAAAGUGUGCAUUGUGUUGCAUCGUUGAAGGUCAUUAUGGUGCUGGUGUCAGACCUAACUAAAAUUAUAGUAGAUUUUCAAGUAUAUACCAAAAGUUUGCAACUAUAUAACUGUAGGAAUCUUGUCUAAAUUAUACUUUAUUUUGUUGUUUUAGAUAUAAAGAUGCCAGUUUUGUUGUUUACACUGGUGAUAAAGAUGCCACUGAAGAACAGAUUCUGAAUAGGGCCUUUGGACGAUUCAACAUCAAACUAACCCAUACUGUAAAAUUCAUAUUUUUGGAAAAACGUGAGUUUGUGGAAGCAAGCCGAUAUCCUCAUUUUACGUUGUUGGGUCAAAGUCUCGGUUCCAUUAUUCUAGGUUGGGAGGCUCUGAUGAAGUGUGUACCAGAUAUUUAUAUUGACUCUAUGGGAUAUGCAUUCACUUUACCGCUUUUCAAGUAUCUUGGAGGCUGUAGAGUUGGAUGUUAUGUGCAUUAUCCAACUAUCAGUACAGAUAUGCUGUCUGUUGUUCGUAGCCAACAUGCAAGGUUUAACAACUCUGCAUAUAUUACUAAUAAUCCUGUCCUAAGCAGGCUUAAGUUAAUAUACUACAAUCUUUUUGCAGUAUUAUAUGGAUGGGUUGGCUCGUGUAGUGAUGUAAUAAUGGUAAACUCUACGUGGACUUUUAACCACAUACUUAAUUUGUGGAAAUGCAGUGAGCGCACAAACAUAGUGUACCCACCAUGUGAUGUACAGACCUUUUUAGAUAUCAAAUUAGACCAAGAGCAGGAAAGAAGAGACCAUUCAAUUGUUUCAGUUGGCCAGUUUAGGCCUGAAAAAGACCAUUCACUUCAGAUCCAGGCGUUUAAAAAACUGUUGGCCAAGAAGACAUCAGAAGAAACCUCAAAGCUGAAGCUUAUCCUUAUUGGUGGAUGUCGUAACAAAGAAGAUGACGAUCGUGUGUCUGAACUAAAAAAGCUUAGUUUGGAACUUGGUGUCCCUGUGGAAUUUAAAGUGAACAUCCCUUUUGAAGAUCUAAAGAAGUGUCUGAGUGAUGCUACCAUUGGGUUGCACACCAUGUGGAAUGAGCACUUUGGAAUUGGUAAGAAAGUUUUUAAAUUACCUUUUGUUUAGAUAACAUAAACUUAAGUGACUUUUAAUUUAAGUGUUUAGUUGUGAGAAUGCCUUUGCCAUUUCCCAUUAUCUUAAAGGGAACCACAAGCACUACACCCACCUGCGAUUAUUGCAUGGGCUCUGGUUCAUUGACUUCCUCAUUUCUGGUCCCUUUUUUCUAUUAAAAGGAACACACUGACACUAAAAUAAAAAUAAAUAUAUACAUAUAUAUUUUUUAAUGUUGGUGUUCAUUACUUGGCAUACCUGACCCUUUUAACGUUCAGUAAAAUACCUGUAAUCCAGUCAUGCGAUAUUUGCUGAAGUUACAGCAGAUUUAUCUAAACCUGCAUGCUUUCCAUAAUUGCUCCUCCUGACUAGUAUAAGAUUCUGUACGGCCUUAAGGUGUGCUGUUUGGCGCUACUGGGUUAUAUAUAAUUACCUUCAUUUCAUUGUAUUCCUGUACAGUUCUUGGUACCUCUGGAGAAACUAACCUGAAAUAUCAGACCUUUCACCGCUACACAACAUGGGGAGCAGACUUGUAGAGUUACUGAAAACCAUUUUGAGUUUAACAGGCUUAUCCAUUGUGAGAAUUCAAAGUGAAUUUCAAAUUUAACACCAGAGAAGCCAAACUAGUUUAGUGUAGAUGGUUAAUACCUAGGGCUAUUUUUCACCAGAACGUAUAUUAUAGCUGAGAAGUCUAAAUUAGUUGCAAUAGGAGAUUCACGAUGAUGUUUAGUGAAAUUUCUUAUUUAUUUAAUAACAUUUUGAUUUUGUACUGGCAAGUUGUGUUUUUUUUUUUAACCACUGAUUCCUUGACCUUGUGACUAAUCUGUCAAUGGCAGGAUUUGAGUCUGAUUGCAGAUAGCACUUUGUGGCAGUGAUGUCCUAAGAGAGGAUGUUUUUCAUUGAUUUACAUGUGCAGGUAAUAGAUACACUUGUGAUUUUUUUUUUUUCUGUUUUGUUUUGCAGGAGUAGUUGAAUGCAUGGCAGCCGGGACAAUCAUUCUCGCCCACAAUUCAGGAGGUCCUAAGAUGGACAUUGUGAAACCUUUUGAAGGCCAAAAAACUGGGUUCUUGGCAGAUAGUGAGGACAGCUACGCUUCGGUUAUGGACCAAAUCCUGUCCCUGUCUCCAGAAGAAAGACUGACAAUAAGACAAAAUGCUCGCCGUUCUGUCACCAGAUUCUCAGACAGCGAGUUUGAAACAAAUUUUCUGUCUGCUGCAGAGCAUCUGUUUAAAUAACUGACUAGAGGUUGUUGGGUUUUGUGUAUAUAUUGCAAAAACAAAUGGAGUAAAAUAUUUUUGUUACUGGACUCAUGGUAAUUCUAGUGUAUAAAUUAAUCAUUUGUAAAUACUGUAUGUAACAGCCAAGGCUAUUAUAAAUGAAUCUGCUAGAAUGUUACAGAAGUGCAAUACUGAUAAAAAUGCCAGAAUGUUGUGAAAAGCAAACUUUUUUUUUUUUUCCGCAAACUUUUGUGUAAAAGAGCAUUUCAGCUUUAGAUGUUUAUACGAUGCAGUAACAUUGGAAACCAGUGGAAUGUUCCUGCUAAUUCAGUAAUUUGCUCACGAAUUGCAGUAUGUCUGUAAAACCUAUAUUCUACAUUGUACAGUAAUACGAUAUAUUUAACUGCUAACCAAACCUAAAAAUAUAAGUUUGAGACUUUACAAUCAUAUCCAUUUACUUGAAUGUUUAACUUUGGAUGGUUUAUAAGAGUUAACCCAAGGUAUUACUGUGCUUAUUACAGCAAUUAUAGGGUUAGUGUAACCUCUGUAGUGGUGUCAAUGGGUGAUCGUGCCUGGAUUCUGUAUAUGCAGUAUUUUGCUAUGAAAUGAUGCCCAUACAAAGUUUAACCAUUUUUGUUGCUGGAUGAGUUAUUCAAACACCAGCAGCAUCACUGGGGAGUAGUCAUCCAGUACCGAACAAGCUGGCUAAUAUAGCUAGCAAUAUUUUAUAGAAAACAGUUUUUUAUGUUAGAGUAACCCUUUAUUGGUACUCAUUAUGGGUGUUGGUAGGAAGAAAGUCCAAACUCUGUGAACAAGUACAAUACCUACUACAACUGUAGGUGACACACAAAAAGGGUUAUUUACUAAAAUUAAGAAUUCUAUGGGAAUUCAAAGUGAAGGAUAAAAUAGCCAAGCUAUGCUUCAACUUCAUAUACUUUUGGCUAAAAUGUGUAAUGCACUUUCAAUUCUCACUUUAGUGAAUAAACCAGAGGAUAGUUCUUAAUAUACUAUAACAUCGGAAAGGGAAACUAUAGUGCCAGCAAAAGAAGAAAAAAAAAAAAGCUCCAUAUAGUGCCCUUCCUCCCUGUGGUGCAGAAGGGGUUAAAAAUCCCUUCUGCAUUUACCCGAGUCCAGCGCUGAUGUCUCUCGGCACUUACUCAGUUUCCGCCUGUGCUCCUCCCUCGCCAACAGCCACACUCGCCUUAGGACUUUCCCCAUAGAAAAGCAUUAUACAAUGCUUUCCUAUGGGGUUUUGGGUGACGCUGGAUGUCC